AUAAUUGCAUAAUUUCAUUGUUUGAUAAAUUUCUAUAAACCCCAUUCCAAAAAUUGUUUGCACUAGAUACAAUAGUGAAUUAUGGAAAUGAAUAUCAAAUAGUUCAUUAUAAUUAAUUAAAGUCGCAAGAAAAUGUUUGCAUGCAAAUAUCACAUUUAAGUAAUUUUGUUCAUUAAUAAUGUAUUAUUAGUUUAAAAUAAGCUUUUUAUGAGAAAGAUAUCAUUUAAAAGUGCAUGCUAUUACACCAUCUUUAAACAAUACUUAUCACUAAUUAUUGUUUGUAUGAUACUAUUUCAUAUGUGCACUAUAUAAUAUCUAUAAAUAUAUGCAAUGAAAUAGCAAAUCAUAAAUAAUAAUCAAACACCACAUUUCUUCUGAUAAUCAAUCAACAUGCUGAACACAAUGUCCCAUUUGGACACGGUGCAUUUGCUCCGUUUAAUACCACCAAAGCUGAUGUUUAUAUCAGAAGAGUCUCUGGAAUUUAUGCAAGGAUGCCUUAGUAAAGCAGGACUAAAGCCCGAACUGGUAGUGUUCGGAACUAGUACGAAAUAUCCUAUGUUUGAUCAAUUCAUUCUAAGACAUCCAGAGGAAAACGAGUUCCGUCCAGAGAAAAUCGACCACAAAGAAUUGGCUUUGAUAUUGUUCAGCAGCGGUUCCACUGGGUUUCCGAAAGGCAUAUGCCUGAGUCACUAUAGUAUCAAAAUUGGCGGGCAAAAUGUCGGCCCAAUGAAUAUCACUUAUAAAAAUCCAACCGUAGUGCUCAGUUAUGCUACCUUUUACUGGAUAUCUACGCAUAUUCUGAUCCAUUGUUGUUUAAUUAAUGGAUAUGCUUUUAUGGUAUGCAAAGCAUUUGAUCCUUUAGAUAUCUGGACAAUAUUUAAAAAAUAUAAAAUUACAUACACUUUCCUAGCGCCUUAUAACGCCUCAGCUUGCUUGAACAGCAAACCUCAAGACGCGGAUUGCAGUACUUUGGAGAUAGUACUAACGGGAAGUGCUCCUGUGAACAAAAAGCUAAUGGAUGAUCUUAGAACCACGUUUUAUAAUGCCAAAGUACUCAACGUGUACGGUUCAACGGAGGCCGCAGGUCCGAUAUCCUAUUUUGAUCCAGUGAUCGAGGAGGAGUACAAUCUGCAAUUAAAAUAUCCCACAUCUAGCGGAUUAGUGAGGAGUGUAUUUAUGUGGAAGGUUGUAGAUGUCGAUACUGAAGAGAAGCUUGGACCCGGAAAAGAAGGCGAAUUGAGGUUGAAAGCGGACCAUUUUAUGAGCGGUUACUACAAAAUGGACUCGUCUACUGUAUACGAUUCGGAGGGUUAUGUAAAAACCGGAGACUUGGUUAGUUACAAUGAGAGUAAUUGCUUGUUUAUUAAAGACAGGAUCAAAGAAAUGUUCAAAUAUAAGGGUUGGCACAUCCUACCGGCUGUAUUGGAAGAAGUUCUAAAAACUCAUCCAACAGUAAAAGAGGCUGUAAUCAUUGGAGCACCGUGUAAAAAUGUCAAUGAUGGUUUUGAUCCCAUGGGAGUAAUUACAUUACCAAUGUCCCAUUUGGACACGGUGCAUUUGCUCCGUUCAAUACCACCAAAGCUGAUGUUUAUAUCAGAAGAGUCUCUGGAAUUUAUGCAGGGAUGCCUUAGUAAAGCAGGACUAAAGCCCGAACUGGUAGUGUUCGGAACUAGUACGAAAUAUCCUACGUUUGAUCAAUUCAUUCUAAGACAUCCAGAGGAAAACGAUUUCCGUCCAGAGAAAAUCGACCACAAAGAAUUAGCUUUGAUAUUGUUCAGCAGCGGUUCCACUGGGUUUCCGAAAGGCAUAUGCCUGAGUCACUAUACUAUCAAAAUAGGCGGGCAAAAUGUCGGCCCAACGAAUAUCACCUAUAAUAAUCCAACCGUAGCCCUCACUUUUGCUACCUUUUACUGGAUAUCUACGCAUAUUCUGAUCCAUAGUUGUUUAAUUAAUGGAUAUGCUUUUAUGGUAUGCAAAGCAUUUAAUCCUCUAGAUAUCUGGACCAUAUUUAAAAAAUAUAAAGUUACGUACACUUUCCUAGCACCAUAUAACUGCUCAGCUUGCUUGAACAGCAAACCUCUAGACGCGGAUUGCAGUUAUUUGGAGGUACUAAUAACGGGAAGUGCUCCUGUAAACGAGAAGCUUAUGAAAGACCUUAGAACCACGUUUUAUAAUGCCAAAGUACUUCACGGGUAUGGCUCAACGGAGACCGGAGGUUCGGUAUCCUAUUUUGAUCCGUUGAUCGAGGAGGAGUACAAUCUGCAACUAAAGUAUCCCACAUCUUGUGGAUUAGUGAGAAGUGUAUUUUUGUGGAAGGUUGUAGAUGUUGAUACUGAAGAGAGGCUUGGACCCGGAGAAGAAGGCGAAUUGAGGUUGAAAUCGGACCAUUUGAUGACCGGUUACUACAAAAUGGACUCGUCAUCUGUAUUCGAUUCGGAGGGUUACGUAAAAACCGGAGACUUGGCUAGUUACAAUGAGAGUAAUUGCUUGUUUAUAAAAGGCAGGAUAAAAGAAAUGUUCAAAUAUAAGGGUUGGCACAUCCUGCCGGCUGUAUUGGAAGAAGUUCUAAAAACUCAUCCAGCAGUAAAAGAUGCUGUAAUCAUUGGAGCACCGUGUAAAAAUGUCAAUGAUGGUUUUGAUCCCAUGGGAUACAUUCCAGAAACGAAUCAAACCUUAACCUACUCGAAUUUACGUACUUUGAGCGUACAAACAGCUUUAGCUAUCAAAGCGAAAGGGUACAAAAAAGGUGAUAUCAUAGCUACAUGCACACACAAUCAAAAAUACAGCUUUUUACCUGUACUUGCUUCGUAUUACCUGGGAAUUAUAAAUACGAACUUCGAUCCAGCAAUGUCCCAUUUGGACACGGUGCAUUUGCUCCGUUCAAUAUCACCAAAACUGAUGUUUAUAUCAGAAGAGUCUCUGGAAUUUAUGCAGGGAUGCCUUAGUAAAGCAGGACUAAAGCCCGAACUGGUAGUGUUCGGAACUAGUACGAAAUAUCCUACGUUUGAUCAAUUCAUUAUAAGACAUCCAGAGGAAAACGAGUUCCGUCCAGAGAAAAUCGACCACAAGGAAAUGGCUUUGAUAUUGUUCAGCAGCGGUUCCACUGGGUUUCCGAAAGGCAUAUGCCUGAGUCACUAUACUAUCAAAAUAUGCGGGCAAAAUGACGGCCCAACGAAUAUCACCUAUAAAAAUCCAACCGUAGUGCUCAGUUUUGCUACCUUUUACUGGGUAUCUACGCAUAUUCUGAUCCAUCGUUGUUUAAUUAAUGGAUAUGCUUUUAUGGUAUGCAAGGCAUUUAAUCCUCUAGAUAUCUGGACCAUAUUUAAAAAAUAUAAAACUUUAGCUGAAGUUGAUGAGCUGAAAAGAAAAUAUAUUGAGCGGGCUCAACAACUAUCCAGAACAGUUCAACCCUUCAUAAUUGUGUGCGGCAAGGAUGCCGAUAUCAAGGUUACGUACACUUUCCUACCCCCUUAUAACGCCUCAGCUUGCUUGAACAGCAAACCUCUAGACGCGGAUUGCAGUACUUUGAAGCUACUAAUAACGGGAAGUGCUCCUGUGAACGAGAAGCUUAUGAAAGAUCUUAGAACCACGUUUUAUAAUGCCAAAAUACUUCACGGGUAUGGCUCAACGGAGACCGGAGGUUCGGUAUCCUAUUUUGAUCCGUUGAUCGAGGAGGAGUACAAUCUGCAACUAAAGUAUCCCACAUCUUGUGGAUUAGUGAGGAGUGUAUUUUUGUGGAAGGUUGUAGAUGUCGAUACUGAAGAGAGGCUUGGACCCGGAGAAGAAGGCGAAUUGAGGUUGAAAUCGGACCAUUUGAUGAUCGGUUACUACAAAAUGGACUCUUCAUCUGUAUUCGAUUCGGAGGGUUACGUAAAAACCGGAGACUUGGCUAGUUACAAUGAGAGUAAUUGCUUGUUUAUAAAAGGCAGGAUCAAAGAAAUGUUCAAAUAUAAGUGUUGGCACAUCCUACCGGCUGUAUUGGAAGAAGUUCUAAAAACUCAUCCAGCAGUACAAGAUGCAGUAAUCAUUGGAGCACCGUGUAAAAAUGUCAAUGAUGGUUUUGAUCCCAUGGGACAUGUUCCAGAAACGAAUGAAACCGUAACCUACUCGGAUUUACGUACUUUGAGCGUACGUACGGCUUUGGCAAUAAAAGCGAAAGGGUAUAAAAAAGGUGAUAUCAUAGCUACAUGCACACGCAAUCAAAAAUACAGCUCUUUACCUGUACUGGCCUCGCAUUAUUUGGGAAUUAUUAACACCAACUUCGAUCCGUCGAUGUCUCAUUUGGAUACGGUGCAUCUGCUCCGUUUAAUACCACCAAAGCUGAUGUUUAUAUCAGAAGAGGCUCUGGAAUUCAUGGAGGGUUGCCUUAGUAAAGCAGGCCUGAAGCCUGAACUUGUGGUAUUCGGAGCUAGUACGAAAUAUCCAACGUUUGACCAGUUCAUUGUAAAACACCCAGAGGAAAACGAUUUCCGUCCAGAGAAAAUCGACCACAAAGAAUUGGCUUUGGUGUUGUUCAGCAGCGGCUCCACUGGGUUACCUAAAGGCAUAUGCCUAAGUCAUCGGACAAUAAAAGUUGGCGGAGGAAACGUCUGUGCAAUGAAUCUAACGUACAAAAAUCCUACGGUGGCCCUUAUUUUUGCUUCUUUCUACACUGAGAAAAAAGUUACAUACACUUUCCUAGCACCUUAUAACGCUGCAGCUUGCUUGAACAGCAAACCUCUAGAUGGGGAUUGCAGUUCUUUGGAAGUAGUAUUAACGGGAAGUGCUCCCGUGAACGAUAAGCUAAUGAGUGACCUCAGAACCACCUUUUACAAUGCCAAAGUACUUAAUGUAUACAGUCAAACAGAGGUCGGAACUCCGGUAUCUUGUUUCGAUCCGUUGAAUGACGAAGAAUGCAAGCUGCAGAUCGAGUAUCCCACAUGCUGCGGAAAAGUGCUAAGUUCACUACAGUGGAAGGUUGUAGAUGUCGAUACAGAAGAGAAGCUUGGGCCCGGGAAAGAAGGCGAAUUGAGGUUGAAAGCGGACCAUUUUAUGAGCGGUUACUACAAAAUGGACUCGUCAUCUGUAUACGAUUCGGAGGGUUAUCUAAAAACCGGAGACGUGGCUAGUUACAAUGAGAGUAAUUGCUUGUUUGUAAAAGACAGGAUCAAAGAAAUGUUCAAAUAUAAGGGUUGGCACAUUCUGCCGGCUGUAUUGGAAGAAGUUCUAAAAACUCAUCCAGCAGUAAAAGAGGCUGUAAUCAUUGGAGCACCGUGUAAAAAUGUCAAUGAUGGUUUUGAUCCCAUGGGCGUAAUUACAUUACGUAAUGGUUAUCACAACGUAGAACAUUUAAGAGCUGGUAUUAGAGUAGUGGAGAGUAUACCAAAGACUGCUACUUCCAAAACCAAAAGAAGGGAUGUUUACAAAAUGAUUAUUGAAACGAAAUCGUAA